AUAUUAAGGAGAAAAGAAGAAGAGCAAAGCAGCAAAGCUUGCCUAAAAUGGUGGUUUGUUGGAGGUCAAAGUCAAAACCCCAGGCAAUAAAUUAGAAAGCCAAACUGAAAACUUCAAUUUCCAGCCAAAAAAUAAAAUAAAAUACCCCCCAAGAGAUUUUUCAAUUCAUGGGUAUUUCAAAACGCAAGUUUUGUUGCUGUGUAAUUUCUUCUUCUUCUUCUUCUUCUUCUUCUUCUUCUAUCUUGGUUGUGCAACAAUAGAACCUAUCACAACUUGUUAAUCUCAGUUUCAAUCUCUCUCUGUGUUUCUAGAUCUACCCUUUUGAAGAAAAAACUUUUUUUUUUCAAACGCCAAGACUGAUAAAACUUUCAAAGAUUGGUUCUUUGUUUGUUUGGUAAUUUUUAGGGCAUAUCUAAUGAUGGGGUUUGGGAUUUAAGGUUUUUAAUUGGAGGAUCAUACAAUUUUCUCUUUUUGAUUCACAAGAUUAAUGUUGUCUGCAUCCAUCAAUGUGUGUUUGUUAUGUGAAACUUCUAUUAUGGGGUUAAACAUUGAGAAGAGAUCGGAACAGAAACUGUGGUUUUGUAAAGUUGUUAAUAUUGAGUUGAUGAAUAAUUUGAUUGCUGGAUCAUUUGGAUGAUAAUAUGUAAGUCAUGGUGUCAGCUGCAUUUUUGAAAAUUGUUUCACCUUGUUGGAAGCCUGUGGUUGAGGGUGAAAAUUCUAGUGAUGGAGAAGGUUCUGGUCAGGUUGAUGGAUUGUUGUGGUACAGAGAUUCAGGACAUCAGGGUAGUGGGGAAUUUUCUAUGGCAGUAGUUCAAGCCAAUAGUCAAUUAGAAGACCAUAGUCAAUUAGAAUCAGGGCCAUUGAGUUUGCAUGAAUCAGGUCCUCAGGGAACAUUUGUUGGUAUUUAUGAUGGCCAUGGAGGUCCAGAAGCUGCUCAGUUUGUAAAUCAACGCCUUUUUGACAAUAUCAAGACUAUUCAUGAUGCAGAGUUUACAACUGAAAGUUAUGGGAUGUCCGCUGAUGUUAUCACUAAAGCAUUUUUGGCAACAGAAGAGGAAUUUCUUUCUCUAGUGAAGCAGCAGUGGCUAAGGAAGCCACAGAUUGCCUCCGCUGGUUCAUGUUGUUUGGUAGGUAUAAUCUGUAGUGGAAUGCUAUACAUUGCAAAUGCAGGUGAUUCUAGGGUGGUAUUAGGAAGACUGGGAAAUAAUGUUAAAGAGGUCAAAGCUAUCCAGUUAUCAAAAGAGCAUAAUGCAAGUAUAGAAUCUGUGAGAAAGGAAUUACACUCGUUGCAUCCUGAUGAUCCACAGAUUGUUGUUCUAAAGCACAAAGUUUGGCGUGUGAAGGGUAUCAUACAGAUUUCAAGAUCCAUUGGUGAUGCCUAUCUGAAGAAGGCAGAGUUUAACAGAGAGCCUCUUUUACCCAAGUUUAGACUGCCAAAGCCCUUCCAUAAGCCAAUCCUUAAAGCAGAGCCAACGAUAUUGGUGCAGGAACUGGACUCUGAAGAUCAGUUUCUUAUAUUUGCAUCAGAUGGCCUAUGGGAGCACCUAAGCAAUCAGGAGGCAGUUGACAUUGUCCACAACUAUCCACGUAAUGGUAUUGCAAGGAAGCUUGUGAGCGUUGCACUACGUGAAGCAGCAAAGAAAAGAGAAAUGAGAUACUCUGACUUGAAGAAAAUUGAUCGUGGGGUGAGGAGACAUUUUCAUGAUGAUAUUACGGUCAUAGUUUUGUUUCUUAAUUCUUAUAUGAUCAGUCACAGCUCCUGGGAUGGCCCGUUGCUUUCAAUUAAAGGAGCUACUGGUGGUAUGUGUGGAAAUGCCAACACAUAGUUCAAGAGGUUCUAACUAUCCCUUCAUCUUUGUUUUCCUCGCUUGUAUCAAAACAAUUUUUUUCAAAGAUUGGACAUUUGGAAAAAAAAGUUCCAAUGUAUAGCCACGGAUCUUGGAAACUUAUUUUCAUAAUGUUGUAAGAGACUAUGUGGACAUCGGUUGACAGAUGAAAUGCCCAAGAAAAAAUCUCUUUAGAAUUUGUUUGUUGAUUGACUGAUGAUAAUUGGAAAAAUGUUACGACAGCUUUGGUCUCAACUAAUGCCUGAAGAACAUAAAGAAUAUCGCCCAUAAGGUAAGGGUAAAACCUGUGGAUAGAGUUUCAUUUCGUUGCCUUUUCAGUAACUCCACAGAUUAUCAAGUGUAUCACCAUUGAAGGUGACCUGAAAGCAAGAAGAGGAAUAGUUGAUCAUGAAACAAUUCUGGUUAUCAUCAAAAUGAAUAAUCAUGACAUUGUUCAAAACCUGACUCGAAAAUACUGAUUGAUAUUAUACUAUUUAAAUUUCUGUAGUUAGUUUGCCAGAUGUUGCAUUAACUUUUUCUCUGAUUUGUUUUAAUGCUCAAUGUUCUGCCUGUUUUGAUAGAAU